CCCGAGCACACCCGCUAGGCCAUGAGCGGGCACCGGGGUGCCAAGCGGCGCUGUGGGGAGGCCCCGCCGGAGGCCCCGUGGGGCUGCGGGCACGGCCCCGGGGGGGGCUGCGUGCUCAGCAAGCUGGUGCAGCUGCCCACGCCCCCCCUGAGCAAGCACCAGCUCAAACGCCUGGAGGAGCACAAGUACCAGAGCGCCGGCCGCUCCCUGCUCGAGCCCCUCAUGCAGGGCUACUGGGAAUGGCUGGUGGGCAGGGUGCCCGCCUGGAUCGCCCCCAACCUCAUCACCAUCGUCGGGCUGUUCAUCAACAUCUCCACGACCCUGCUCUUGGUGUGCUACUGCCCCACAGCCACGGAGCAG